AUGUCACAAAUUAUAACGUCGGACUCGAAAGCGAUCCUCCGUGAGGUGCGGGAGGUGCAAUUCGGAAUUCUCGAUCCCGACGAGAUCCGUCGCAUGUCAGUGACAGAGGGCGGGAUCCGGUAUGCAGAAAUAUACGAGGGCAACAGACCAAAGCUUGGGGGUCUCAUGGACCCUCGGCAAGGAGUCAUCGAUCGGACUUCUCGUUGCUUGACCUGCUCGGGGAACAUGACAGAAUGUCCCGGACAUUUCGGUCAUCUAGAACUCGCGAAGCCAGUUUUCCACGUCGGCUUCCUGACCAAGACCCUCAAAGUUCUCAGAUGUGUCUGCUAUUACUGCAGUCGUCUACUCGUCAGUCCGAACCAUCCUCGCAUGCGCGAAAUCCUCUCCAAGACCAAGACGACACAGAGGCAGCAGCGUUUGGACAAGGUUUACGAAAUUUGCAAGACCAAGAGCAUGUGCGAAGAGAGCGACACGAGCGACAAGGGUCAGGGCGAGCCGACGGAAGAGGAAAGAAAAAUGAUGCACGUCGGUUGCGGGAGAUAUCAGCCCAACUAUCGUCGUUCCGGUCUCGACAUCAGCGCAGAGUGGAAACAUACCAAUGAAGAAAACCAGGAGAAGAAACAAGUUCUGACCGCGGAGCGAGUAUAUGAAAUAUUCAAACACAUCUCCGAGGAAGAGUGUUUCUGUCUCGGCAUGGACGAGCGCUACGCCAAACCCAGCUGGAUGGUCCUGACGGUCCUGGCAGUGCCGCCUUUGUGCGUUCGGCCGGCCGUCGUCAUGUUCGGCUCAGCCAGAAACCAGGACGAUCUCACCCACAAGCUUUCCGACAUCGUGAAAGCCAAUAACGAACUUAUCAGGAACGAGCAGAGCGGGGCAGCGCCCCACAUAUUGGCCGAAAACGUCAAAAUGCUCCAAUUCCACGUCGCCACCCUCUACGACAACGAGUUGCCGGGCCUUCCGCGGGCAAUGCAAAAAUCAGGGAGACCCCUCAAAUCGAUAAAGCAACGUCUGAAAGCCAAGGAGGGCCGUAUCAGAGGCAAUCUCAUGGGGAAACGAGUCGAUUUCUCAGCGCGAACCGUCAUUACGCCGGACCCAAACCUGAAAAUCAACGAGGUCGGUGUGCCGAGGAGCAUCGCUCAAAAUUUGACGUUUCCCGAAAUCGUCACCCCGUUCAAUAUCGAACGCAUGCAGGAACUUGUGUCGCGGGGAAACAAUCAGUAUCCCGGCGCGAAAUACAUCGUUCGCGAGAAUGGCGAGCGGAUCGAUCUCAGGUUCCAUCCAAAAGCUUCAGAUUUGCAUCUGCAGUGCGGAUACAGAGUCGAGCGUCAUGUGCAGAAUGGCGACAUAAUUGUUUUCAACCGUCAGCCGACAUUGCACAAAAUGAGUAUGAUGGGCCACAAGAUCCGUGUGCUCCCUUGGUCAACUUUCCGGAUGAACUUAUCCGUGACAACACCGUACAACGCCGAUUUCGACGGUGACGAGAUGAACAUGCACGUUCCUCAAUCCCUGGAAACCCGUGCCGAAAUCGAACAACUGGCCAUGGUGCCUCGCCAGAUCAUCACUCCGCAAGCCAACAAGCCCGUUAUGGGCAUCGUACAGGACACGCUCACGGCCGUUCGAAAAAUGACGAAACGUGACGUAUACCUGGAGAAGGACCAGAUGAUGAAUCUGUUAAUGUUCCUCCCGAUCUGGAAUGGGAAAGUACCGAUUCCCGCUAUUCUCAAGCCGAAACCCCUGUGGACAGCGAAACAGCUGUUCUCACUCAUCAUACCCGGGAACGUCAAUCUUAUCCGGACCCAUUCAACGCAUCCGGACGAAGAGGAUGAUGGACCCUACAAGUGGAUAUCCCCUGGGGAUACGAAGGUCAUCAUCGAGCACGGUCAGCUGUUGUCCGGUAUCGUUUGUAAAAAGACGGUCGGAGCUUCGGCAGGCUCGCUCAUGCACGUCCUCUUCGUAGAAAUGGGGCACGAAGUGGCGGGUGCUUUCUAUUCCCAUCUCCAAACGGUUGUGAACGCGUGGCUGCUAUACGAAGGUCACUCGAUCGGUAUCGGGGACACCAUCGCCGACCAACAGACCUACAUGGACAUUCAGAACACUAUCAAAAAAGCAAAACAAGACGUCAUAGAGGUCAUCGAGAAAGCCCACAACGACGAACUCGAGCCGACGCCCGGAAACACGCUGCGACAGACAUUCGAGAAUCAGGUGAAUCGAAUCCUGAACGACGCUCGAGACAAAACAGGAGGUUCCGCCCAAAAAUCCCUCUCCGAAUUCAACAACUUCAAGUCCAUGGUAGUGUCGGGCGCAAAGGGAUCCAAGAUCAACAUCUCCCAAGUAAUCGCUUGUGUGGGGCAGCAGAACGUCGAAGGAAAACGCAUACCCUUCGGGUUCCGUAAGAGAACUCUGCCCCAUUUCAUCAAAGAUGAUUUCGGACCGGAAUCCAGGGGCUUCGUAGAGAACUCCUACCUCGCCGGCCUCACUCCCUCCGAAUUCUUCUUCCACGCUAUGGGAGGACGUGAAGGUCUAAUCGAUACAGCUGUGAAAACCGCUGAAACCGGUUAUAUUCAACGUCGUCUGAUCAAAGCCAUGGAGUCGGUGAUGAUCUGCUACGACGGUACAGUUCGGAACUCGAACGGUCAAGUCAUCCAGUUCCGCUACGGAGAGGACGGCCUCGACGGAUGUUGCGUGGAGACGCAAUAUCUCGCUACAAUUAAACCUUCAGACCGACAAUUCGAGCAAAAGUUCCGAUUCGAUGUCGCCAACGAGAAGCUUCUACGGAAGGUUUACACCGAAGACGUGGUCAAAGAGCUCAACAGCUCAGCGUCGGCCGUGGCCGAAAUGGAGCGCGAGUGGGACUGCUUGAAGAAAGAUCGUGAAAUACUCAGGAACGUCUUCCCAACCGGAACCAGCAGCGUCGUCCUACCAUGCAACUUGAGCCGUAUGGUCUGGAAUGCUCAGAAAACGUUCCGGGUGAACUCCAGAGGGAAAACCGACCUCAGUCCUCUGCGAGUCAUCGAAGGUGUUGAGAGCCUCGUGAAAAAGUUGAUCAUUGUGCCCGGCGACGAUCAUCUCUCGAUUCAGGCGAACGAGAACGCCACAUUGUUGUUCAGAGCUCUGCUGCGAUCGACUCUCUGCUCCCGGAGAGUGGGUCAGGAGUUCCGCUUGUCCACGGAAGCGUUCGACUGGCUGCUCGGUGAAAUCGAGGCCAGAUUCCAUCAGUCCCAGGGUCAACCGGGAGAAAUGGUCGGCGCCCUCGCCGCCCAGUCUCUAGGAGAACCUGCCACGCAGAUGACGCUGAACACUUUCCAUUACGCCGGAGUGUCAGCUAAGAACGUGACGCUCGGUGUACCUCGUCUAAAGGAAAUCAUCAAUAUCUCAAAGCAGCCCAAAACGCCGUCGCUGACCGUGUUCUUGAAGGGCGCAUCGGCUCGAGACGCCGAGAAAGCCAAAGACGUCCUGUGUCGACUCGAGCACACGACGCUCCGGAAAGUCACAGCCAACACCGCCAUCUACUAUGACCCGGACCCCCAGAACACAGUAAUCGCCGAGGAUCAGGACUUCGUCAACGUCUACUACGAAAUGCCUGACUUCGAUCCGACGAAGAUCUCUCCGUGGCUCUUGCGUGUCGAAUUGGAUCGCAAGCGAAUGACGGACAAGAAACUCACCAUGGAACAGAUCGCUGAAAAAAUCAACGCCGGAUUCGGUGACGAUCUCAACUGCAUCUUCAACGACGACAACGCCGACAAACUCGUGCUCCGCAUAAGGAUCAUGAACAACGACGGCGACAAAUUCGCCGACGGCGCCGAAGAACAAGCCGAUAAAAUGGAAGACGAUGUUUUCCUCCGGUGUAUCGAGAGCAACAUGCUCUCGGACAUGACGUUGCAGGGCAUCGAAGCGAUCUCCAAAGUGUACAUGCAUUUACCUACCACGGACGACAAAAAACGAAUCGUCGUCACCGAAACCGGGGAAUUCAAAGCAAUUUCCGAGUGGCUUCUCGAAACUGACGGUACCUCGCUGAUGCGGGUCCUAUCCGAGAGGGACGUCGAUCCGGUGAGGACGUACUCGAACGACAUCAUCGAGGUGUUCUCCGUGCUCGGCAUCGAAGCCGUCCGAAAAGCUGUCGAAAAAGAAAUGAAUCACGUCAUCUCGUUCGACGGUUCCUACGUUAACUACAGGCAUCUGGCUCUCCUUUGCGACGUCAUGACCGCCAAAGGUCACUUGAUGGCCAUCACACGUCACGGUAUCAAUCGACAAGACACGGGCGCUCUAAUGAGGUGCUCGUUUGAGGAGACUGUCGAUAUUCUAAUGGACGCGGCAUUCCACGCAGAGGCCGAUAAGCUGAAAGGUGUCUCAGAGAACAUCAUUCUGGGUAAACUCGCUCGCAUGGGAACCGGAGCGUUCGAUUUGAUGCUCGACGCGGAAAAAUGCAGACUUGGCAUAGAAGUCAGCAUGGCUAUGCCCGGGAUGGAGGGCAUGCCUGGGCAAGGGGUUUUCUUCGGCUCUGCCGCGACCCCGAUGGCGGGUAUGAGCCCCCAGAUGACCCCGUGGAACGCGGGUCAAACACCUGCCUACGGCAUGUGGUCCCCUACGUCGAACAUGACCCCGGGAGCCGCGGGAUUCUCCCCGUCUGCCCAGAGCGAGGUCGGCUUCUCUCCCGCGUAUUCUCCGGCGUAUUCGCCAGCGCAGAGCCCGGGCUCGCCGAGCAGUCCCGCCUACUAUUCGCCGUUGCAUGUAGGCGGAACUUCGCCGCUGCAUGUCGGCGGAACUUCGCCGUCUUACAGUCCGCAAAUAACGUCCCCGUCGUACUCGCCGUCGUCGCCUUCGUACAAUUUGGCGUCGCCGUCCUACAGUCCGACCAGUCCUCAGUACAGCAGUGGGUCAUCGCCGACCACCCCGAGCUACAGUCCUUCGAGUCCGUCGUACUCGCCAUCAUCGCCCACGUAUUCCCCGUCGUCACCGUCGUACAGCCCAUCGUCGCCGCAGUACGGAGCCUCUAGUCCUUCGUAUUCGCCGACCUCGCCGUCGUACUCACCGUCGAGUCCUUCCUACUCCCCGUCGAGUCCCUCGUACUCGCCGUCGUCUCCGUCUUAUUCCCCGACGUCGCCGUCGUACUCCCCCAGUUCGCCGACCUAUUCGCCGACGUCGCCUUCUUAUUCCCCAUCUUCUCCCAAGUACAGUCCGGCGUCGCCCACUUAUUCCCCCGCGUCGCCGAAGUAUUCUCCAUCGAACGCGUCCUACUCGCCCUCAUCGCCUUCAUAUUCGCCGUCGACGUCGCAUCAUUUCUCCCCGUCGCCAUCGUACAGUCCGUCCUCACCAACGUAUUCACCGUCUUCUCCGAACAUCUCAACCUCACCUUCAUACAGUCCUUCGUCCCCGAAGUACUCUCCAUCGUCUCCAACGUAUUCCCCGUCGGCGGCUUCUUACUCCCCGUCUUCGCCAACGUACUCCCCGAGCUCUCCUACGCAUCAGGGUGCGCACUAUUCUCCCAGUUCGCCAACUUAUACGCCGUCCUCGCCGGCAUAUUCUCCGUCGCAGGGCGAAGACACAGAUCAAGAUUGAGGGCUCGCAGGGGAUUUUUCAUAGGUAUUUCCGAGGAAAUGAAAUAAAAACCCUAAAAUGUUAUUGUG